GAGUUCGUUCGCUGCUGCUAGUCAGCGAGCAGGUGACGUGAGGGGAGAAGAUAUCCGCACGGUUACUGCUGCUUCCAAUGCAGAGCUCCGCGGUUCGGACACAGCAAAGAGAUUAGCAGGAAGGACGGCGCGGCCAAACUUCUCACGUCGGCGCACCAUUGCUAAGGAGUCAACUUCCAUCGGCCACCAGGGAAAAUGUCGGAGGGCCCGUCAGCUUUGAAACGGGCUGGCCGGGAGGCAGCCAUUCAAAUAAUGUCCGGAGGAUCAGCAGGUUUUGUGGAGAUAUGUUUGAUGCAUCCUCUGGACGUUGCCAAAACUCGAUUUCAAGUGCAAAGCAAUGCCGCUGAUCCCGAAAGAUACAAAAGUAUCGCCGACUGUUUCCGGAGAAUGAUCCGCUCCGAGGGAUUUUUCUCCAUAUAUAAAGGAAUCCUACCUCCGAUCCUCGCGGAAACCCCGAAACGAGCCGUGAAGUUCUUCACUUUCGAACAGUACAAAAAGUUGUUCCGCUACGAUGUGAAAGACACGCCAGUAUCGUUGUCGAUGGCCGGUCUGUUCGCCGGUCUCACAGAAGCCGUAUUCGUCAAUCCCUUCGAAGUUGUGAAAGUUCGGUUGCAGACGGACAAGAAUAAGGUGUCUGAACAACCGACGACGUUCCAAGUGGCUCGAUCGAUCUAUCGCGAAGGAGGUCUCGGCUUGCGCGGUUUGAAUUUCGGUCUCACGUCAACCAUGAUACGGAACGGGGCUUUCAACAUGGUCUAUUUCGGUUUCUACUUUUCGGUGAGGGAUCGUCUACCGAAAAUGGACAGCGAUGCCGCCACUCUGGCCUUGAGAAUACUCACCGGUUUCACGGCGGGUACUCUGGCAUCGUGUUUCAACAUUCCAUUCGACGUAGCGAAAAGUCGAAUUCAGAGCGAGGGACACUUACCGAAUUCGAAGUACAAAGGAUGUCUGCAGAGUGUGGGCGUCGUUUAUCGAGAAGAGGGCUUCCGUGCGCUGUACAAAGGCUUAGUACCGAAAGUUCUAAGGUUGGGACCAGGCGGCGCUGUUAUGCUCGUCGUGUAUGAACACAUGCGCGAGCUUCUUGAAGAGAAGUGGCCUCCGUACGAAUAGUUGUCCGACGGAGAUCUACCGAUCGGAGACAAGCAAACGAAGAGAAGCACAUUCCAUACUUGUGCGGAUGGAGAUUGUUAAUUAUGUUGUGAGCUUAUCUUCGGAAUGGUGAACUCGCCGCCUCCUCGGGGAGAGAAACCUCGAGUCGGCGUCACGAGGCUACCGUGAGGGCAGAGAGAGAGUUUAUUUUUGUUCAUCAUUUUCCAUCAUAUUCGACGCCUUUCUCAGAGAUCACGUUUAUCUUCAUAUUUCCACAGAGCGCUUCCAUAUAAACUCCGAGACAGACAUUUUAAUCAGAGCGGUGUGAUUAUCGACCUGCUUGUCAGUUGCAACGUUCAUGCAAAGUCUCGUUCGUAUACGAGUGGCCGGUAUUCGGACUUUUUGUUUUGGUAUCUUGAAAAGAGAAGUCCUGGGAUCUUGCCGCGGUGCUUUGUGAAUCCAGCCGAUCGCAGUCGCGUCUCUGGAGGCACUCGAGGCGAAAUUCCCUCUACAAGCUGUGUCCCACGGGACCUCCUGAGCCUGGGAAGGCUGGGUUCCAGCGCGGCUGUGAAAUUUCAGGGGCCGGAGGGAGACUCCGCGCUCCUUCGUGCUCAGUCAUCCCUGGAGACGUAACUGAUCGUUACCGAGAGAAUGUCAGACACUGUAUCUUGUGUGUUCUUGCAAAAAUGUGUGUUGAUAAGGUGUCAGAAAACUCGAUCUAAUGUGUGCAAUCGAUAAGACUAAAAGUAUUAACAUAGAUUUCCUGUUCGGGAGAGGCAUACCAAGCAGAAAAACCGGAGGAGUACCAGAAAUCCGAUGUAGAUGACCACAGCUGUGUGAAAAAAAAUCAGGCUAACCUAGGUUGUUCUAAGCAGUCGUUCGCAAAUCGACAAUAAACUAAGAACUUGUAUCCC